UCAUUGUUUCACUAUGUUCCCUGUGAUAGGCUGGUGACCAGUCCAGGGUGUACCCUGCCUCUCACAAGUCACCCAUAAGACACAAGAGAAAAUGGAUUGAUGAAUAAAUGUAAAUGUUUGAGAACCUUCAUUAUAAAAGUGUUCAAUCCAUUAGGGGGCAGCAUUGUACCAGAUAGCAGAUAAUGGAUGAUGAAUUAUGAAUGCUGUUUCCAUGGCAACAUACAAACUAAACCAAAGUUACAGUGAAGGGAAAUGUACACUAACAAGAAGCAGCCCCUGCCGCCUGUCAGCAAACGCUACCAGCCAGAUGCCUGGGACCACCAGCGCAAUUACCAGCUGCAUCGCACUAGGGUAAGCUCCGCCGUCCCUGUGGUCAACACAAAGGGAACGAGCAUGCCCGCUCACAUGCAACGCAACCUGAAAAAAUUGCAGCUGCAGGAUGAGCGUCGAGCCACCAUCGAGCGAGACAACCUCCUACUAGCCUCCAGCCUGGCCCGCAUAGACGAUUCUAGAGGUCUGGUGGACCAUAAGAAUGAGUACAAGCCCAGGAGUCUGAAUGCAGACAAGCGGCGAGCGGAGCUUCUGUUGGUCAGUCGGCAGAAUCUGAACAUCUACCAGCGAAUUACAGCAUGUCAGUCCAAGUACCGCCAGCAGCUCUGGAUGGACGACUGGGAGAAGGCUCAGCAAAGGCGGAACAAUAUUUCCCGUUACCCACAGGGCUCUGACAGAUUUCAGAAGUCAAACAAGAAGUUGAAGUUUGCCAGUGCAGAAGAAAGCAAUGACUCAACUCGUCGAUGACUCGAUGCUCGUUUAUUGUUUUCAUCGAAUAAAUCAACUUGAAAUGUUUAACUUUUUUUUUUGCUCCACUGUUUGAAGUUACAAUAUUGUACAGGAUUUGAACGCAGCACAAUCCAACAUUUAUAGAAGGAAAAUAAAUACAUACUGGACGUGACCUAUGAUUGUUACACUCACACAGCACUAAAAUCUUUUAGCACAUCUACAGUAUGUGCAGUAAAAUUAUGGAGUGGAUUACGUCAGCAAGUCAGACAAUGUAGGUAAGAAACAGUAUGAAGAUGGUGUUUACAAGGUACAUGAAAGAAGAAAGCUGAGAACCACAUUGUCUCCCUAUUCCUGAAUUAUUUAUAUGGUAUCUGUCAUAUAUUCUAUAUUUUUUAUAUAAACUGCUAAAAAA